AUGGAUACAAAAGGAACUCCAUUAGUGAUAGAUAAUGGAUCUGGUCUUAUUAAAGCAGGAUUAGCUGGUGAUGAAAUUCCAAAUUAUGUAUUUAAUAAUUAUGUUGGAUCGACGAAACAUGUCCGAGUUAUGCCAGUGGCUGGACCCAAAUAUGAUUUUUGUGUUGGAAAAGUAGCAGAGGAGAAGAGAGGAAUUUUAAAACUGAAAUAUCCAAUGGAACACGGAGUUGUUACUGAUUGGAGUGCUAUGGAACGAGUUUGGGAUUAUUUAUAUGCUUGUUUAAUGGAUAAAGAUACAGGUCUAGGUGAAACAUUUAAAAGAGAAGACAGUCCUGUUCUUUUAACAGAAGCACCUCUCAAUCCUAGAAAGAAUAGAGAAAAGGCAGCUGACAUUUUCUUUGAAUCUUAUAAUGUUCCUAAAUUAUUUAUUUCUCUUCAAGCAGUUUUAUCAUUGUAUGCUUCGGGAUCAAUGACAGGUGUUGUAUUGGAUAGUGGUGAUGGUGUGACUCAUUGUGUUCCAAUUUAUGAUGGUUUUGCUAUUCCCAAUGCAAUCACCAGAAUUGACGUUGCAGGAAGAGAUAUUACCAAUUACUUGCAAUUGUUGCUGAGGAAAUCAGGAUAUAAUUUCCAUACCUCUAGUGAAAUUGAAGUUGUAAAAAGUAUUAAGGAGAGUGAUUUAAUGUAUGUAGCAGCAGUGUACGAAAAGGAAAUGAUCAUGGAUGAGGAGAAGGGAAUGCUUGACCCUAAACCUUACAAGUUGCCUGAUGGUUCAAUAAUUCAACUUGGAUCUGAAAGAUAUAUGGCUCCAGAAAUAUUAUUCAAACCAUACUUGAUUGGAUUGGAAUAUAUGGGUGUUCAUGAAUGCGUACUUCGUUCUAUUCAAACAUCUGAUUUGGAUAUUAGAAAAGAUUUGUACUCUAACAUAUUCUUUGCUGGUGGAUCAACACUGUUUGAUGGAUUUUGUUCAAGAAUGCUUAGUGAAUUGAAGAAAUCAGCUCCAAAAGACGUUCCCUCUCUCAGAAUCUCAGCUCCUAACGAAAGGGCCUAUACAACAUGGCUUGGUGGUUCCAUUUUAGCUUCACUUCCUUCCUUUAGCGAUAUGUGGAUUACCAAAAAUGAUUAUGAAGAACAUGGCUCUUCAAUAGUUCACAAAAAAACAUUUUAA